UAUUGGUGAACCAGACAACUUUGAGGAUGCAAUUGCUAGCAUUCAGAAAAUUGAAGCAGGAGAGUAUUAUGAUGAAAAAAUGGAAGAAGAAAAGGGACCCUCAAAUCAGCAAAUACAAGUGUUGUAUGCUAGUUUUGAAAAGUUGACUUCCACUCUUGCUGUUUACGUAGAGUCAACAACAAGGCCUCAGACUAUAUGUGAGGAACUUAGACAUAUUUCACGCAACUGUAUGUCUGAAAGGGUACCAAGAGACGUGAACCAUAUCAGUGUCUUGGAAGAAGAAGAAAAACCUACUAGAAACGAUGAAGCAGUAGUAAUGCCUGCAGACUACUCCUAA